CAGAGGUCGGAGCAACCGGCUGCUCGUCGGAAAGUCACUGUGUAGAAACAAACAGCAAAAGGACAAUUAUGAAAAACAGAAAUAUGGACACCAACUAGAAUUAAUGAGUCUUAACAAGGGCUACUGUGCUUCAUAAAAAAACGGUUAACUGUAGAGAAAUUCUGCGCCGCUUGCUGCCCAAUGCCAGCUGAAGCGUGAUGCAUCCAGAGCAGCCCAGAACGGGCUUCGCCCUGCAGAGACGACAGGCAGAUUCAGCCCCUCGGGGCACGUUAAGCACCGGCCUACUGCAGGGCCUCAUCCAGAGUGCCAGGCCUCCUUCCUUCUGCUUCCUGCUCCCCAGGGUCCAUGCAGCUGAUGUGGCUGCUGCCCAGCCUGCACAGAUGCCCUCUCCCUCCUCCUCCACCAGUCCUGCUCCUGCACCCAUCCCCUCUUCCAGCACCAUGCCAAGAAUCAUAGGCAAGCCAGAAUUCCCAGACACAGGAUGGGACCGUAUCAAGGACCUCUUUGACAUAGAUGCAACACAGAGGUACCCAGAGGAGCUGACCAACGUGGUAAAGAGCGGGUUAGUUGGUGCACUUGCAGGCUUGCUCUACGGAGGCCUGCCAGCAGCUUUCCAAGCCAAGCAGAGGUAUAUCCAAGUCAGCCAGGCGGAAAUCUACACCAGCAGAGUGGAUGCAGUGCGCUCAGCCCAUAAUGCAGCAGUCCGGGGCUUUGUGAGGUAUGGAUGGAGGUGGAGCUGGAGAGUGGCUGCUUUUGUCACCCUAUUCAAUUCUGUCAGCACAGGGCUAUCUGUGUACCGAGACAAGUAUGCCCUCAGCCAUUAUGCUGCAGCUGGAGCUGUGACUGGAGGCCUUUUCAGACUAAACCUGGGCCUGCGAGGGCUGGUGGCAGGGACAAUCAUCGGAGUAGUGAUGGGGAUUCCCACUGGUGCUUUGAUCAUCAGCAUGCAGUCGGUGGCCGGAGAAACUGUCAGAGAGAGGAGGAGGAAAGAGCGCAGGGAGCUUUACGAGCUCAAACUCUCAGAAUGGUCGGCUCGUCUGCAGUUGACAGACGAGUUGAUCGGCGAUCUGAAUGUCAGCACUCAGACAGAGGAAACCAAUAAGGACAUGCAAAGGAUCCAGGAUCUGCUGAGUUUACCGCCGAAGGAGGAUGUGACUCAGGACUCAUGCAGCGAGUGACAGUCGCUGCCUUACUGCCCGUUAUCUGUUGGACAUUGAAGGUGGGAGUUCACACACCUGGGAGGAUAAAUGGGUCUCUUCUUUGGCUGGACUCCACACACCUUCUCUCUAAAUGGAAACUGCUUCACAUGAGAAUUAAAAGACGCUGUUGUACCUCACCAACUACUGUCCUCCAGCUCUGCCUGCUGUAUGUGUGUGCGAGCACUGUACAUCUAUCUCUGUGAGAACCAGUUUGACAUUUUGGGAAAGUGAUUAUUUAUACAUUUGCCAGUGUAAGGAUAUGACCUGAGAGAUUGAGGUCAGGUAACCUUGUUGUGUAUCCCCAACAGAUGUUUCCCUCGCUUUCAAAAUCAGCUCAGCUCAUGUUUAAUAUGGGCUUGUGUCCUUCACUAUUGGCUCCCUUAUGAAUAAACAAUAAAACCAAACAAAAUUAAAACCACACAUUUUUUUGAAACCGUCAAAGUGUUGUAGCUCCCCGCUCACACUGGCCUGCCAAGACCUGACCUCACCUUUCCUCACAGUGUCAGUUGUUGGCAUAGUUACGGAUGCUUGCUCAUUAUGUUUAGCACACCUAAUGUAUUGACACCAAACAACAAUUGUUUCACAAAAUGGCUUUUUCCUCCUCCCCACGUCUGUGUUAUGUGUAGUGUGCUUUUGACUUUGCCUCUUGGGCUUUUCAGCAACUAGGUCAAACAUAGCCGUGGCCCCUGGUGUAAACAAGAUGUGACACAGCAACAGCUGGGGCCCAGGAAGCAGCAGUGACUGCUGACAUGCAGAUGGACAGCCAGCAGAGAUAGACUGAGGAACGCUUGUACUCCAGAGCACAGCUUGGUCGGUGAUGAUGUCAAGCUUUGAACUAUUGCAGGUAGACACUGGAGGUAAGGUUUAGAAACUGAUGUUGGCUGUGUCCAAGUAUCGCUGAGCUUUGAAAAUGGUUUGUCCCGGCAUAAAACAUAAAUCUAAGACCUUCAUGAUUGUUUGUUGAAUGUCAAUGUUGGCUAAACCUUGGCUGAUCUUGUAAAACCCAUUUGCUUAAACGGACACUGGUCCCAUCCCAUCAUGACCAAUUACAAACAUUCCCUCUGUGUUCUCAGGCGUGCACAGAACAAUCUAAAAACAAUUUUAGCAAAAACAUUAUGUGAAACUUUUCAAAUUGGGCUUCACUGGCGACUUGACUGACUGCUAUCAGAGCAUUAACAUACAUAAAUGGGCUCUUGGUUCCCUCUGUUGGUGACUUCGUGGAACUGCAAAUGUACCCUAAAUAAAAAGUAAAGUACCCUA